CGCCGCCGCUCGGAAAUGCAGGGCCGGGGGCCCCACCAGCUCGGCUUGCGAAUCCAUCACCAUCGGUCGGAGCAUCGGGGCGGGAUUUGAUGGGGCGUGACUGUGCCUGUGGCCCUGACUGUGGGGCUGCCGAACCAAACCGGCUGGAAUUUUUUUCAUGACGAGCUCCCAGCUCUCUCCACCUGCAGCUGCUCUCCAGAUUCAUCGUCGGUCCUCGCACACGCAAACAACACGCGACCUGACACUCGCCCAAGAAAAAUGAUCGACCCUGCAUCCGCCACAUUUCGCAUGUCGACCAAAGCCUCAUAGCCACGCGACCGCCCAGAAGAGCGGCCAUCUCCUCCUCCAAAAAAGAAAAAAAAGACAUCAUGGCCGACGUCGAUCAACUCGUCAACGACAGCGACCAACUCUACAAAACCGUCGCCGAGAAUUCCCUCGACGAACAUGGCGGCCGGACGCGACAGUUCAACCAGGACCAGCUCCUCGAGCUCAGCGGUCUCCCCGAUUCCAAAUCCCUGAUGCCCUUGAUCCAAUACCUCUCCAACAACCAAUUGUUCCGGACCACCCGCACUCAGGGCAAACUCCAAUGGAGCAUCCGACCUCGCGAGGCGGCCAAACAGAUCAAGGCGCUGGACCGGGACGACAAGGUCGUCUACGGCGUCAUCGAAGAGGCGCACGACAAGGGCAUCUGGAGCCGCGACAUCAAGAAGCGCGCCGGCGGCAUCGCCGACAACAUCGUCAAGAGAUGCCUCGAGAAGAUGGAAAAGGCGAACCUCAUCAAGGGGAUCAAGAGCGUGAAGAGCCCGGCCCAGAGGACAUAUAUGCUCGCCCACCUGGUCCCCAGCGAAGAGGUCACGGGGAACAGCUUCUACGACGCCGGAGACCUGGACGAGAGCUUCCGCGACGAGCUGAUGAAGCUGAUCGUCUUCUGGGUCCGUUCGCAGAGCUGGGUGGAGACCAAGCGACGCUCCCGUCCGCCGCGCCGGGAGAUCGAGCCGCAGACCAUCCAACUCACCCACCGGGUCGGCACGCACAACUACCCCACGGCGCAGGACAUCUACUCGUUCGUGACCAACAGCCACGUGAUCAAGCCGAGCAAGGCGAGCAGCCUGACGGUGCAGGAGAUCCAGGACUGCAUCAACGUGCUGCAGUGGGACACCAAGCUCGAGCGCGUCUACAACCGGAGCAUGGCCGAGUGGGGCUACCGCACCGUCCGCGGCGUCACCUACGACCCCGGCUUCGACGAGAGCCCCGGCACCGCCCUCACCCAGGUGCCCUGCGGCACGUGUCCGGUCUUCGAGAUCUGCGCCGAGGGCGGCCCCGUCAACCCGCAGGAGUGCGUCUAUCUGGACGAGUGGUUGAAGCUCUGA